CACCGCCGCUCUCGGAGCCUCAGCUGUUUCUCCCGACCUUUGCCUCCGUCAGGGAUGACUUAUCUGGCGACGCGCCCCUUCCAAGAGGGAGGUUCGUCAACACUGUUAGGGGAUCGGGUUUCCCGAAUGUUACUCUCGAUGAUCUCGCUAUUCAGUUCUUCGGUUCUGCUGAUCGAGGCCGUUCUUAUUCGAGAAUUGAUGAUGUCAGCUCUGGGGAUAAAGUCAGUGUGUCGCAAAGAAGAGGGAGGUCCGUGUCGAGGCACGGUUCGUGAGUUGGUGAAGGGAAAGCUAGUGGUCGAAAUGGCUAUGUCGGGGGACAGGUUAAUUCCGAUAAUAAUUCAAGGAGGCGACGCUCUGUAUCUGUUGUCCGAUAUCAAAUUAGUGAUUCUGAGAUAAAAUUCUUUUCUCCUUUUUAUUCUGUGAUUUUUAAUGCAUCACAGCUUUGCUAUGGUGUUGAAGAUCUGAGUUUUGCAUGUUUCGCUUUAUAACUUGCGGGUACUUUUUGUUCUUAACGGUAUAAUGGUGUUUGAAUCGGGUUGGAUCAGGCAGAGGGUUUGAUGUGAACAGAUUGUCAGCGGAGGAGGCGGAAGGAGUAGCAAUGUCAUCGCCAAACAGUAUUGUGUCGUCAUUUCAGAUGGAUUUUGGGAUUAGAAACAGAAGCUAUAAAAGAGCUAUGGAAGCCAUUGAUGUCGAGAGAGUGUGGAAAGUAUUAGAAAAGAAGUUGUGGCGGACGAAGCAGAGGAGCUCCGAUUGGAAGAAGAUGAGUCAUCAGUGGACAAAGUAGAGGAUUUCGCAAUGGGGGUUCGCUUGGUGGUGGAUCUGCAAGUUAUAAAGCGAGUGAGGUCAGGAGUAGAAAGGUUGCAUUUUAGUAGUGGACUUGCAAGUGGCCAUUUGGGAGGAAGCAGUUGAGGUCAGAAGUAGAAGAAGCUGUUAUGGGUGAAAUGGCUGAACAAGCAGCUGGGAAAAUUAUGGCCAUUCGUUGCAGAUGCAGCAACAAUGGUGGUUAAGGAAUCCGUUGAACCACUACUGGAAGAAUAUCGACCACCGGGGAUUACAUCAUUAAAGUUUAGUAAAUUUUCUCUUGGAACUGUGCCACCCAAGAUUGAAGGUAUCCGCAUUCAGAGUCUCAAGAAGGGUCAAAUCACUAUGGAUAUUGAUUUCCGAUGGUGUGGUGAUCCAAGCAUCAUUUUAGGUAUUGAAGCUGCACUUGUUGCUUCUAUACCCAUUCAGUUGAAAGACCUUGAAGUUUAUACUGUUAUUCGGGUUAUCUUCCAACUUGCUGAGGAGAUACCAUGUAUUUCUGCUGUUGUCAUUGCUUUACUUUCUGAGCCUAAGCCUAAAAUUGAUUACGUUCUGAAAGCUGUUGGUGGAAGCUUAACAGCCAUUCCAGGACUAUCAGACAUGAUUGAUGACACUGUGCAUUCAAUUGUCACAGAUAUGCUUCAGUGGCCUCACAGGAUUGUUGUUCCAAUCGGUGGUAUUCCUGUUGAUACAAGUGAAUUAGAGCUUAAGCCACAAGGAAAGCUUACAGUGGUGGUAGUGAAAGCAAAUGAUUUGAAGAAUAUGGAGAUGAUUGGAAAAUCUGAUCCUUAUGUAGUUUUAUAUAUUCGGCCAGUGUUCAAGGUUAAAUCAAAUGUUGUGGAGAACAACCUCAAUCCUGUUUGGGAUCAAACAUUCGAGUUGAUUGCUGAAGACAAGGAGACUCAAUCACUUGUUCUUGAGGUCUUUGAUGAAGAUAUUGGGCAAGACGAAAGAUUGGGAAUAGUAAAAGUGCCUCUAAUUGGGCUGAAAGAAGAAACUUGGAAAGACCUGGAGUUAAGGCUGCUACCAUCUCUUAACAUGUUGAAGAUCAAGGAUAAGAAGGAUAGAGGAUCUAUUACCAUUAAGGUCUUGUACCAUGAAUUUAACAAGGAGGAGCAAUUGGCUGCUCUAGAAGAAGAGAAGAUGACCGUGGAAGAAAUAAAGAAGCUAAAAGAAGCAGGAGUUAUAGGGAGCAGAAUGGAUGCACUUGAUGGUGCCGCAUCGAUGGUGGGCACUGGUAGUGGUACUGGAGUUGGAAAGGUGGGCAGCGGCCUUGGAGCUGUUGGCAGUGGCCUGAGCAAAGCAGGGAAGUUGAUGGGCAGGAAAAUCACUGGGCAAUCCGGCAAGAAGAAAGGCUCCACAACUCCGGUCAACAGCUAGCAAGAAAAUGGCGGGUCGAAACGUCGGUAGUGCAACUGCAGAACUAUAUGUGAAUUACACCGUUGGUUUACAUUCCUGUGACUUUAGGAUGAGAUGAGUUAUUUUGCAUUAUUUUUGUGUGUUAAUUUGCCACAAGUACCAUUUUAGUUUCAACUGUACCUUCCUAGUAAAAAAUUCACGUUUCAUGUUCUACUAUACGCGUGAAUUCACAGGAGAUGUUUACACGAACAUGUACAGACAAAUUUGCCAUAGAUGAUAUGAUUAUUGAAAACUGAUUAUUGAAAA